AUGGACAGUGUGAUCGGGUUGGUUAACAGGAUGCAAAGAGCAUGCACUGGUCUCGGCGAUUAUGGCGGCGGUAACAACGCUCUCUCUUCUCUUUGGGAAGCUCUUCCUUCCGUCGCCGUCGUCGGUGGCCAGAGCUCUGGGAAAUCAUCGGUUCUUGAGAGUAUUGUCGGGAGGGAUUUUCUUCCCAGAGGAUCAGGUAUUGUUACGAGGCGGCCUUUGGUGUUACAGCUUCAGAAGACGGAAAACGGAACAGAGGAAUACGCCGAGUUUCUCCACCUUACCAAUAAGAAAUUCACCGAUUUCUCUUUGGUUUGCAAGGAGAUUCAGGAUGAGACUGAUAGAAUCACUGGGAAGAACAAACAGAUAUCUCCUGUUCCUAUUCACCUCAGUAUCUUCUCUCCCAAUGUUGUGAAUCUUACUCUGAUUGAUUUACCUGGUUUGACUAAAGUUGCUGUUGAAGGACAGCCAGAAACUAUUGUUGAGGAUAUCGAAUCUAUGGUUCGCUCAUAUGUCGCAAAGCCCAACUGUCUUAUACUAGCAAUAUCUCCUGCCAACCAAGACAUAGCCACAUCGGAUGCGAUCGAGCUCGCCAAAGAAGUGGAUCCAACAGGCGAUAGAACCUUUGGAGUUUUGACAAAGUUAGACUUGAUGGACAGGGGAACUAAUGCAUUGGAUGUCAUCGAAGGAAAGUCAUACAGGAUGCAGUAUCCUUGGGUUGGGGUGGUGAACCGUUCACAAGCAGAUAUUAACAAGAAUAUUGAUAUGAUGCUUGCGAGAAGGAAGGAGCGAGAAUACUUUGAAACCAGUCCUGACUAUGGUCACUUAGCCUCUAAAAUGGGCUCAGAAUAUCUUGCAAAGAUGCUCUCUAAGCUCUUGGAAUCAAUUAUCAAGGCUCGUAUUCCAAAUAUCAUAUCCUUAAUAACCAAAAGCAUCGAGGAACUCGAAACAGAGUUAGAUCGGUUGGGUAGGCCUGUCGCUAUUGAUGCUGGAGCUCAAAUAUACACUAUUUUGGGAAUGUGUCGUGCAUUCGAAAGAAUAUUCAAAGAGCAUUUGGAUGGAGGGCGUCCUGGAGGUGCCCGUAUAUAUGGAAUCUUUGAUAACCAGCUUCCUGCAGCCAUUAAAAAGCUUCCUUUUGAUCGUCAUCUUUCAUUGCAAAGUGUAAAGAGAAUUGUCUCAGAAUCUGAUGGCUAUCAACCUCAUUUGAUUGCACCUGAAUUGGGUUAUCGUCGUCUCAUUGAAGGAUCCCUAAAUCAUUUUAGAGGUCCAGCUGAAGCUUCUGUGAAUGCUGUACACUUUAUCUUAAAAGAGCUUGUAAGGAAAUCGAUCGCAGAAACUGAGGAGCUAACACGGUUCCCUUCGCUACAAAUUGAGCUAGCUGAUGCAGCAAACUCAUCUUUAGAGAUGUUUCGAGAGGAAAGCAUGAAAUCGGUUCUUAGAUUAGUCGACAUGGAGUCUUCAUAUCUAACGGUCGAGUUCUUUCGUAAGCUUCAUGUAAUGGAAACUACACAAGGAAACCAAACACCGUCUCUGUCUUCACAACCACAACCACCAAUGACAACAACAGAGCAAUACGGGGAAGGACAGUUCAGAAAGAUAGCUUCGAAUGUAGCUGCUUACAUCAACAUGGUUUCGGACACACUUGUUAAAACCAUUCCUAAGGCCGUUGUUCAUUGCCAGGUCAGACAAGCGAAACUCGCUUUGCUCAAUCACUUCUACACACAGAUGAGUCAGAGUCAGGGGAAACAUUUGGGGCAGUUGCUAGACGAGAACCCGGCUUUGAUGGAAAGGAGAUUGCAGUGUGCAAAGAGGCUCGAGCUAUACAAGAAGGCUAGAGAUGAGAUUGAUGCAGCGGUCUGGGUUCGAUAACCAAGCUACAUGUCUCUCGCUUCCUGUGAUUUAAUGGUUUCUUGGUUUAGUUAACAACUUAAAGAUAUACAAAUAGUUCAGAUAUAUAGACCAGAACGAGCUAU